AUGCAAGCUUUUGAUAGAUUCUCAAGAGCAAAAGGCCUCAAGGUAAACCCUGCCAAAUGUAAGAUUUACUAUGGAGGGGUUGAUAAUGACAUGAAAGCUACAAUCAUGCAAACUACCAGAAUUAAUCGUUGGAGCUCUCAGUUGCUUAGUUAUGCUUUACCCUUUCCUAAACUUAUGAUACAUAAAAUUGAUGUUAUAUGUAGAAUAUUUUUAUGGACUGAUCAGAAAGAGAAGAGCAAAAAGAGCCUGAUUGCUUGGAAAACUGUUUGCAGUCUAAAGAAGAAAGGAGGUUUGAAUCUAAUUGAUCUGCAAACCUGGAACAAUACAGUUAUGGCUAAGCUGCUUUGGAAUUUGAGUGGUAAGGUUGACAAUAUGCAUGUGAAGUGGUUCACGCCUACUAUAUAA